AUGUUCAUCUCUGCCGGAAUCAAAGCAGCCCUCCUGCUCGCAGCAUCUGUUCCCGCGCAAGCAUGGAACAGACUGGACAAGGACAACGCUGUGAGUUCACCUCUACCCCAAAACAACAACCACUACCCAAAGUAUAAAGAAAAACAAAAUCUAACAACCCCAGGCCCUCUCCUCGUCAUCGACCACCAGGUCGGUCUUGCCCAAGUCGUGCGUGAUUACAACACAAACGACUUCCGCAACAGCAUCCUCGGCCACGCUGCCCUCGGCAACGUCUUCAACCUGCCAACUGUCCUGACCACCUCCUCCGACGCAGGCCCUAAUGGUCUCAUGCUCAAGGAAAUCAGAGACAUGCACCCCAACGCGACCUUCGUCCGUCGCCAGGGUGAAGUCAAUGCUUGGGAUAAUGCGGAGUUCCGCGCUGCGGUUGAGGCUACUGGCAAGAAGCAGUUGAUUAUUGCUGGUAUUGUCACUGAAGUUUGCACCACCUUCCUCGCUCUGUCUCUUAUUGAUGCUGGCUACGAAGUCUUCGCCAAUACCGAUGCUUCAGGCACUUUCGAUGUUCGCCUCGCUGAGGAUGCGAAUCGUCGUAUGGAGAAGGCUGGUGUUACGCUCAUGGGUCUGUUUGGUAUUGUCUGUGACCUUAUGCGCGAUUGGCGUAAGACCCCUGGUCUCACUGAGGUUCUGCCUUUCCUUGAUAAGUACCAGUUUGCUUACGGUCUUGUUGCCCGUCACCAUGCUGGAGCUAUUCAGAAUGGUACCUUUUUCCCUGUUGAGGGGACUUUGAUUUAAGUCUGUUCAUGGGAGAUUGGAUUGGUUGGAGGUGCAGAGGUGCAGAGGUGCAGAGGU